AUGCAGAACGUAAAAUCAGUACCUAUUAUGAUCUACACCAAAGACGGAUGUGGCUUUUGUGCGAGAGCAAAAGAUUUGAUGAACACUGAAAAAAUCAGAUACGAGGAAUGUAAUGUGGAUCGCAUCAGAGAGAAGGAUCCUGAUAAAUAUAAGCCGCGAGUUAAUGGCCUUGUCUAUAUGACUCACCAGACUACAAUGCCGCAGGUAAGCAUAUAG